GUCUUUUCCGCUACUAUUUCGAAGCUUCAUUUUGAUACUAUGCGUAAACUUAGAGUAUUUCCUGGCUUUUUCCGACAUGAGAGUCAUCACCACAACUGCUUUGUUGAACAUCCAACACACAGCUCCACAGCCAACCCCAACCCUCUCCCCGUAACUUGCUCGUCCCCCGCAAAUCUUGGCACUCUUUGACAGCGGCCUCUUUCCGCCCAUGAACCCACCAUCCCCGGAUUUACAGGGGCAGGAUGGGACGGAAUCCCGGUCAACCAACCACUGAGAAGACAGGAACAACAUCCAGUUCAAGGCCGAGGCUCGUGGUCCGCCUGCUUUUGACGUAAAUAGCGAAUACGUUCUGCUGGUAUUCAAAAUGUGAUUUCACAUCAUCUUCUGCGGUUCUUUUAUUCUUAACGAACGCGUACCCACCGUUACAAUGGAGCCUUCAAGUUCGAAUACUGGUUUUAUCCAGCAACAGCCCGUGAUCAAUAACCAGUUCUAUGAUGAUGUGAGCUACCAAAGAGUGACCAGAUUAUUCCUGCCAUCGGAUAUCCUUGACAAAAUCACACCCGAUGCUGCUCAGAUCGGCCAAGAGGUCUUGUCUCAGCAAGUCUUCGAUUGGGUAACUGACGCCGAGCAUAACCAGCCAUAUCUGCGCGGAAAUGGCCGGGAUUCAUUCGGCAAGCCCAAAAGCGAGCUGGUUGUUGGCGAGGGAUGGCGAAAGCUUCAAGACUAUGGCUUCAAAAAGGGAGUCGUUGCUUUGAACUACGACACUGACCACGGCCCUUACACUCGCCUUGUCCAGUUUUUGCGGUGCCACCUCUGGGAAGCAUCAUGCGCCAAUACCCUCUGCCCAGCGGCUAUGCAAGAUGGCGCGGCCCGUCUCCUUCAACGUCAUCUGUUCACUUCCGCCGCGAAGAAACUCUCGCCGAUUGAACGUGAGGUUUUUCAGAAUGCCUACAGCCACCUAACCUCCCGUGACCCAACCAAAACAUGGACCAGCGGCCAAUGGAUGACCGAGCGAACUGGCGGCAGUGACGUAUCUCAGACAGAAACCGUAGCCACUUACGACCCCUUUCCUUCCUCAGCCCCAGUCCCCUUGGCAUCACAGUCCGAAUCCAUCCCCCUCGGCCCAUGGUCCAUCUCCGGCUUCAAGUGGUUCUCAUCAGCCACCGACUCCCACAUGACCAUUCUCCUCGCCAGAACCCAUCCCUCCAAGGGCGUGUCCGCCUUCUUCGCCCCCAUGCGCCGCCAUAACCCUUCCCUAGUCUCUCACACGGGCGAAAGCGGAAACGGCACCGAACUCAACGGCAUCACCAUCCAGCGUCUCAAGCACAAAAUCGGCACCCAAUCCCUCCCUACAGCAGAGCUCGAGCUCAAGGGUAUGCGAGGUUGGCUUAUUGGCGAGGAGGGCAAAGGAAUCCAGGAAAUCAGCACCAUCCUCAACAUCACCCGCGUGCACACUACCGUCUCUUCCAUGGGCUACCUCGGGCGUUCGCUCGGCAUCGCCCGGUCCUUUGCCCUUGUCCGCCCCGUCGGAAUGGGCAAAGGCAAGCGAAUUGCCUUGUCGUCGCACCCUUUGCAUAUGAGAACACUGGCCAACAUGACGACUGACUACCACGGUAUGAUGCUGCUGACGUUUUACACAAUCCACGCUCUCGGUCUGGAUGAGCGGUCUCUUCCCUCCAACCAAGCGGCGACAAAGGUCCCGACUCCACCUAAGGAGUUGGUCCAGCCUUUACUCAGGGUACUGUCCAGUCUUCACAAGUCCUAUGUCUGCGAGACAACUGUCCCACUGGUGUACGGCUGCAUGGAAGCGUUGGGAGGGGUAGGAUACAUGCAGAAUGUCGAGUCUGAGCAUCUCAAUAUCUCUAGACUGUUCCGUGAUUGCUGCGUUGGUGCUAUUUGGGAGGGGACGACUGAUGUCUUGGCUAGUGAUACGCUUCGUGCUUUGAAGCACCCCCUGAGUGGGAAGCAGUCAGUUCAAGCUUUGGAUUGGUUGAUUCUGUCGUCGAAGAAUGCAGGGUUGGUGGAGGAAUGGCAAGUGUUGAAGAACAAGAUUGAUACGGGCAAGCAGGAGGAACUGUUGCCUGAGGCUAGGGGGUUGGUGUUUAGGAUUGCGGAGAUUAUCAUCUCGGUGCUGUACUUGGUUGAUGCUGAGGCUGAUCCGGGGGUUGAGAUUGAGGCCAUGUGUGCUAGGUUUAUGGAGAAGAAGGGUUUCAGUGUUUAUGAGGCGCCGGGGAAGAGGGCAAGGGAAGGAGGGUUGAAGCUCGAUCAGGCGAUUGUUUAUGGCGCUGGGAAGGACCUUGCUCAGGGCGCGAAGCUCUAAAUGUUGACUAUCAUAAAUAACAAUCGCAGCGUGCUUCAACAGUAUAGAUGUGCUUCCAACAGCCCAUAAGACGAGGGUCACUACACCAGGAUUUGCUUGCAUGUUUUAGUAACUGACACUGAGAAAGCAAGGAACAAAAGUCAUCCUAGCCUCAAGCUCGGUUUCCUUGCCCCCCAGCUUCAUCGUCCGAGCAUUCUCAUACCAGCGUUCGUGAGCCUCGAGUGCUUCAGCCAAAAUAUCGAAGAAAUGAGAACUGGCCCGUGGCAUCGCAAGCAAGCGAGGCGUAACGGAUCCAUGUGCGACGUGCCUGGUAGCCUGCUUCCGUCGAUCAGAUUUUCGAGUAGGGGGAGGAGAGGAUGAAGGAACAGAAGGAGACAGCAUGAACCCCAAGGAGGCUCGCCAGAAGGCGAAUAGGCGGGCAAUCUUCUGUCUCUCUCUCUCUCACUCACUGGCGCUUCGCAACAGUUCAGCGUCGCCACAUGUUGGCAUGAUUCUCGCCUGCGAGCGCGAUUCGUCGGCAGACGAAUUUCAGCCGAGCAUCUUGUACUCUUCUUGUUCAUCUGAAGUUGAUGUUUGCGGACAUUACACUUCUUUUUCGGUAGGUAUGUUGAGCCUUUCUAAAUCUGCCGCCUGAGCUUUUCCUGCUCGAAAUGUUGGCUUUCCGAACAGCUUCUUCACUCCACACAAGCAUUUGUCUAAGGUAUAUAACACACCCCGGUGACAUCCGACUUUAUCCCCAUCUCCAACACCGUACUCCCACCGCAACCACCCCUCACUGCCAGUUCUCAUCCGGCACCGGGCAUCCAAUCCUCUGCUGGCAGCCAAACCUAGGAUCGGCCCCUCCACAGCAGGUCACAAAGGCCAAGGCGUGAUCAUGGUUUGUGCCGGGGCAAAACUGAAGGUAAAGUGUUGGGACCUGCGAGACUGGGUGAGGCAUGAAAGAGGUAAGACAUACCUGCUGCCAAUUCAGAGUGCUACCGAUGGCAGCGCAGCACGUGGCCGAUUUCGAAGGGUCAACGUUACUGGAGCACCCGCAGCUGUAGAAGCAAUCACCGGUCAUUGGAGCUGGUAGCGGGUUCGGGGAUUUGAUGGCGUUGGGGGAGGGAGCGGUGAUGGCGGUGGCGGCGGUCAAAACCAAGAGGAGAGUGGUGAAGGUGCGCAUUGCAGAGCUGUUUGUCGAUAUAUAUCUCGAGUUGUCUCUAAGCAGUAAUGGAAACAAUACCUCCGAAAGCUGUUGGUCUUUUACCCC